AUGUAUGUAAACAUUGGAGCUGGCGCUAAGAAAGAGACGACGAUAUCAUGUUUUGAAAAGACCAGUUGUUUGCACUGGUUUGCUCACUUGCAGAAGAAGCCUUCCUGGGUUGGGGACAUUGCCUAUGCACUCUACUGCCUUCCGUUCCCUGUCGUGCUUAAGCCUGUGCACCUCACCGACCCCAAUCUAAUUCCAGAUCUUAUAGCUGAGGUCGAGGUGUUGUGCGCAUGUGCCCUCCAGAGGGACAUUGAUGAGUUGGAGAAAACAAUCCUGUUGAAGAAAGGCAUUGCUAAUCCUGCUGCUCUCAAACUGUCUGAUGUGCUGAAGUUUUGGCACUACCUGGAUGUUGUGGUUCCUGCACACUGCAAGGCGUUGAUGUAG